CCUAUCUUGAAUCUUUGAAAGUUCAGCCUGUACUUUGUUUUUGUCACUCAUUGUCUCUUUUCAGCUUCUAUACCUAGAAAAGUUUUUUUUUUUUGCAUCUGUCUUGUAUUGCUGUUGAAGGGCUCUGGUGAUUUUGGGUUGAAGUUGUGUACUCUUUUUUCCCUGUUGUUUUACUGCUUUGAACUGUGAUGUCAUCGAGGUGUAGUGGCAUAGAUAUAUGUUUAUGAAAGGUGGUUUUCAUAUGUUGAGCUGCUGUUUACAGUGAAUCUCAUACUUACAGCUGCCCCUUUUGGAUUUCUUGGAAGGUUGAAGCUUUAUUUGUAUUUUUGGGAGCGAGUUUGUUGUCACUUUGUCUGGUAGAGAAGCUUCUUCUGGUGUUACAAUGAAGCUAUUUAGGUUUUUGAUGCUUGUGCUUUGUUUUGGUUCUGCAAUGGGUCAGCUUCCUUCCCAGGACAUUUUGGCCCUGCUUGAGUUUAGGAAGGGUAUCAACCAUGACCCAACUGGUUAUGUAUUGCAGUCAUGGAAUGAGGAAUCCAUUGAUUUCAAUGGUUGCCCUUCAUCUUGGAAUGGUAUAAUGUGCAAUGGUGGUAAUGUUGCAGCAGUUGUUCUUGACAACAUGGGUUUAUCUGCUGAUGCAGAUUUGAGUGUGUUUGCUAACCUCACAAUGCUUGUGAAACUCUCUAUGGCUAACAAUUCAAUUGCUGGACAAAUGCCAAAGAAAAUUGGUGAUUUCAAGAGUCUUGAAUAUCUGGAUAUUUCAAACAAUCUAUUCAACUCCUCUUUACCAGGAGAGAUUGGGAAAGUAGGAAGCUUAAAGAAUCUGUCACUAGCUGGUAACAACUUCUCUGGCCCAAUCCCUGAUACUAUUUCAGAGCUCAUGUCAAUUGAAUCUUUGGAUUUGAGCCACAAUUCUCUUUCUGGGCUACUUCCUUCAUCUUUGACCAAGUUAAAUAAUUUAGUAUACCUCAAUCUGUCUCUUAAUGGAUUUACAAAAAAAAUCCCAAAAGGUUUUGAGCUAAUGGCUAACCUUGAUGUUCUUGAUUUGCAUGGAAAUAUGCUUGAUGGUACUUUGGAUCCAGAGUUCUUACUACUUACUGCUGCAACUUAUGUUGACUUAAGUGGAAAUUUACUCAUGAGUUCCACUUCUGAACAUCAGAAAUUUCUACCAGGCAUAUCUGCGUCGGUCAAGUACUUGAGUCUUAGCCAUAAUCAGCUUACGGGGUCACUAGUAAGUGGCGGUGAAGCUCCUGCAUUCGGGAACUUGAAGGUUCUGGAUUUGAGCUACAAUCAGCUGUCCGGGGAAUUACCUGGCUUUAAUUUUGUGUAUGAUCUUCAGGUCCUUAAACUCAGCAACAACAGAUUUUCUGGAUUCGUUCCAAAUGAUCUUUUGAAAGGAGAUGCUUUAGUUCUCACAGAACUGGAUUUAAGUGGAAACAACCUCACAGGGUCGAUAAGCAUGAUUACAUCAACAACUCUGCGUGUUCUUAACUUAUCCUCUAAUGUUCUUUCCGGUGAACUUCCACUGGUGACAGGAAGUACUGCAGUUCUUGAUCUCUCAAAAAACCAGUUAGAGGGGAAUCUAACUAGAAUUCAGAAAUGGGGGAAUGUUGAAUUUCUUGACCUCAGCCAGAAUCAAUUGACUGGAAACAUCCCUGAGGUUACAGCUCAGUUUCUGCGAUUAAAUCGCCUAAACCUUUCUCACAAUGCUCUUACUGGAUCUCUCCCAAAAGUUAUCACACAGUUUCCCAAGAUAACAGUCCUUGAUCUUAGUUUCAACCAGCUGGAUGGACCUCUUCUCACUUCUCUGCUAACAUUACCCACUAUUGAAGAACUUCACCUACAAAACAAUGCACUUGUUGGAAAUAUUGAUUUCUCUGCCCCCUCUGCUACACCCAACCUCCGCGUUCUUGAUCUUUCUCAUAAUCAGCUUGCUGGUUCUUUUCCUGAUGGGUUUGUAUCAUUGACUGCGCUUCAAGUACUUGAUAUAGCUGGAAAUAAUUUCUAUGGAUCUCUGCCUACAUCAACUGGUCAAGUUAGUUCGCUUACUUCUCUAGACAUUUCACAGAAUCAUUUUACUGGUCCACUGCCAAAAAACCUGCCUGAUGGCCUCCAAAGCUUCAAUGCAUCGCUCAAUGACUUAUCUGGUGUUGUCCCUGAAAAUUUGAGAAAAUUUCCUUUAUCAUCUUUCUACCCUGGAAACUCUGAACUUCAAUUUCCAAAUCCUCCCUCAGGACCUGGCCAAGCUUCACCAGAAAACCAGAAAAGUCGAUCACUUAAAACUAUCAUCAAGGUGGUAAUAAUAGUUUCUUGUGUAAUUGCUCUUAUUAUUUUGGUCUUGCUAGCCAUUUUCUUUUAUUAUAUACGAGCUUCAAGGAAGCCUCAUCCUCGAGUUACUGAAAAAGAUGUUCAUCGCCAAGCCACAUCAAAUCCUUCUGGCUUUAGCAGUAGGGAGGGUACUGGUGGUGCAGUCGUUUCAGCUGAAGAUUUUAUGACUUCACGAAAAGGAUCAUCAGAAAUAAUUAGUCCAGAUGAGAAAAUGGCUGCUAUAACUGGUUUCUCCCCUUCAAAAGGUAGCCAUUUCUUUUGGUCACCAGAAUCUGGAGAUUCGUAUACUGCAGAAACCUUUGCAAGACUGGAUGUGAAGUCUCCAGAUCGUCUUGCCGGAGAGUUGUACUUCCUUGAUGAUACAAUCUCUUUUACACCUGAGGAACUUUCCAGGGCUCCGGCUGAAGUCUUAGGCAGAAGCAGCCAUGGUACAUCUUACAGGGCAACACUAGAGAAUGGGUUGCUCCUGACUGUGAAAUGGUUGAGAGAAGGAGUGGCGAAGCAGAGAAAGGAUUUUGCAAAGGAGGCUAAGAAGUUUGCCAAUAUUAGGCAUCCUAAUGUAGUAGGAUUAAGAGGUUACUACUGGGGUCCCACACAGCAUGAGAAGCUCAUUCUUUCGGAUUAUAUAUCCCCUGGAAGUCUUGCAAGUUUCCUCUAUGAUCGACCUGGUAGAAAAGGUCCACCACUAACCUGGCCCCAAAGACUCAAAAUAUCAGUUGAUGCUGCACGUGGUUUGAACUACCUCCAUUUUGAUCGUGAGGUUCCACACGGAAACCUUAAAGCAACCAACAUCUUGUUGGAUGGGUCUGACCUUAAUGCAAGGGUUGCGGAUUACUGCCUUCACCGCCUCAUGACUCAAGCUGGCACAAUAGAACAGAUUCUUGAUGCGGGAGUGUUGGGUUAUCGUGCCCCUGAGUUGGCUGCGUCAAAGAAACCACUGCCUUCCUUCAAAUCAGAUGUAUAUGCUUUUGGAGUUAUUUUGCUGGAGCUGCUAAGUGGGAAAUGUGCAGGUGAUGUUGUCUCUGGCGAAGAUGGUGGAGUAGACUUGACUGACUGGGUAAGGUUGAAGGUGGCAGAAGGUCGUAGCUCUGAUUGUUUUGAUAGUGUGUUGUCGUCUGAGAUGGGAAAUCCAGCAAUGGAGAAGCAAAUGAAGGAGGUUCUUGGUAUAGCUGUGCGAUGCAUUCGUUCUAUAUCCGAGAGACCUGGUAUCAAGACUAUAUAUGAGGACCUUUCAUCUAUAUAGUUUGUACUCAUUUUGGUUUUGGUGAACCAUACGUUUUGCUCUACUUUGGGAAUCAAAUAGCUCAUUGACUUCCCUUUUUAGUAGUAGAAUUAGAACAUUUAGUGUGUGAAUGGGGCUAGUUUUAUUGACCAUUGUUGUAAAUUGGGGCAUAUUUAAUGUGUACACAAACUUUUCUCCCCUUUUUGGCGUAUGAGCAUUCAAUGUUUGUCAUUUUCUUUGGAGUA